AUGUUUCGACGCACGCUGGCGGCGCUGCGUGUCAGCCCCUACUCCCUCUUCCUCAAGGAACUGUCGAAGAAGAAGGAGCUGUCGGGGCUGCCGCUGAAGGACGCGUCGACUAUCGCUGCCCGCAUGUACCACGCCCUCCCGCCCCAGAAGAUGAAGGCGCUGAAGGCGCGUGCCGCGAGGAAGAGUUACCCCGCACUCGAUUCCUUCAACCGCCUCCAACGGCAGCAGGCGUUUCGCUUCACGCACCUCAGCAAUUUGCAGCGCCAGCGCAUCAUUGGGAGGAUGUGGAGAGAACUGAAGAAAAAAGAAGUGCUGGCGAAGAUGGGAACGCGAAAGGCCCUCAAGGCGGUUACAAGGGCAACCAAGCGAAAGGAGGCGGCCGUGGCAGCGGCUGCAAAGAAGAAGGCGAAGGCGCUGCUGAAGCGCAGGGCGGCUCUGAAGCGCAAGGCGGCUCUGAAGCGCAAGGCGGCUCUGAAGCGCAAGGCGGCUCUGAAGCGCAAGACGGCUCUGAAGCGCAAGGCGGCCCUGAAGCGCAAGGCGGCUCUGAAGCGCAAGGCGGCCCUGAAGCGCAAGGCGGCUCUGAAGCCCAAGGCGGCUCUGAGGCGCAAGAGCACACUGAGGCGCAAGAGCACACUGAGGCGCAAGGCGGCAGAACAGGCCACAGUGGCAUAG